AUGUGGGACGAGUUCAACAGCGCUCGGGAUGACGAGGGGGCGGACCCCUGGGGCGACCCCGACCCCCUGCUGGACUUCCUGUGCCGAGCCCUCGGCCGGCACGAGAGCGUCGCGGACUCGAUAGGCUCCGCCGCCGAGAAGAUCGACGAGGCUGGCGAUGCGGGCGAGGCCGGCGAGUUCGACGAGGACGCGCGGGCGCAGGAGGACGAGGAGCGGCUGCCGUACAGGUUCGUGAACAGCGAGGGCGAGAACGGCAGCGCCGAGGGGCUGCCGGAGCAGGGAGGCGGCGAGCCCGCGGCGAGAGGCGAUCCGCCGCGGCCCGAGGGCGGCGCGAUGCGCGGGCUAUGA